AAUAUGAAUUUUUAAAUAUAAUGUUUCAUAACGGCUGUUAUGAGAAUAAACUGGCUAGGUUGAAAGGACAAGAAAAAAUGAAAACAGGAAGAUAGAAGUGAUUAACCACACGUUGGCUGGUGGUAGUGUAAUUAUGAUUCGGAAUCAUCGCACUUAGUUUGAGAACAGUGCGCUGUGUUUGAAUAGCGUCGUCUGUCGACAAGGUGCGGGUACUAGUCAAUGCAAAGUUUAUAGCUGCAGCAUAGAGCACUGUUGAAACAUAUGAGGGCAAUGCAAAUGAUAAAUAGAAGUUGUGUGGUUUAUGGAGAUCGUAUUGGCCGAGAUACAGCAUCUUUUUCACCUGCUCUUCUGUCAACAAGCUAGUUAAAAGCCAGUCACACUGUUUCAGUUGUCGCUUGAUUAAACUCUAAAAGGACAGUCAAAACCGUGGAAAAUUUGAUAAUCGUGGUAUUGAUUUAGGCCCGGGUUCUCGGAGUCCACUCAGAAAAACCUUGCAGGACAGUGCAUAGGAAACGUGACCACUCUCCGAAACAGUGAAAAUCGGAAGUUAUGCAAAGUAGAGGAUAAAACUCGAUUACAAUCAGCCAGGAUAACCUGAUUACUGCAGAGUGACUUGAUUGGUGAAACAAUAUGGCGCAUCACAAUCCCACAUUUCAGUUGGAAGAUGAUGAUUUACACGAGUCAGAUUUUGAUGCGUCGUCUGCGUUUUCGGAAGGUGAUCCGCCGCUUUCAAAGCGCAAACUUAACACAGUUUCUGCGAAGGUAGACAGAGAUAGCAAAAGAGAUUUGGAUAAUAAGAACAAAGUGGUUCUGGACACCAGUAUCGGACAGAUCAACCCGUCCUUGUAUAAUGGUGAAUCGGGGAUCUCGAGCCCUGACAUGUCUUUCAGGGAGGGUCGAUAUGGAUACCCACCUACGAAGAGUAUGCAAGAAAGAUACGAGCAAAACUUCACUAGUAACGCAACAGACAAUAAACCACCGGCGAUAUAUAUAAACGAUCAGCUGACUCGCUUGAGCGACAUGACGUCUUUUACGUCAUCGUCUGAUGACGAGCAAGGCAGCAGGCGAAAGCAGCAGCCAAGAUCCGUUAAGGCAAACGGCGGUAUGUUUGGCACAGCUGGGAGAUCGGCAGCACGCAGACGAUCUUCACUAGCUGGUUUAAACAACUACAGUCCGUCCCUGUUCACAAGACAACUUGGGAAUGUCCCCGAGGGCGCAGACGCGGGCGUCGCGUACCGGUCUAUGCAAAGAAGAAGAGCGGUCAACACAUCGGAUUUACGCACAUGUGCCCUCGUACAAACCAAACUCAAGACGCUCAAAAACUCCCCUUAUCAUGGGUAA